AGAGCGGGGCCGAGCGCCGUCGCGCACCCCGCACCCUGCCCUCACCCCCGCGCAGCUCCAGCCUCUGGUCGGGGAGCAGCGCGGCCACCAUGGUGCAGAUCGUGACCGUGCAGACCCGGGCGUACCCGGACCAGAAGCCGGGCACCAGCGGGCUGCGCAAGCGGGUGAAGGUGUUCCAGGGCCAGGCGCACUACGCGGAGAAUUUCAUCCAGAGUAUCAUCUCCACCGUGGAGCCGGCGCGGCGGCAGGAGGCCACCCUGGUGGUGGGCGGGGACGGCAGGUUCUACAUGCGGGAGGCCAUCCAGCUCAUCGUCCGCAUCGCGGCCGCCAACGGGAUUGGUCGGUUGGUUAUUGGACAGAAUGGAAUCCUCUCCACCCCUGCUGUAUCCUGCAUCAUCAGAAAGAUCAAAGCUAUUGGUGGGAUCAUCCUGACUGCCAGUCACAACCCAGGGGGCCCCAAUGGAGAUUUUGGCAUCAAAUUCAACAUUUCCAAUGGAGGUCCUGCUCCUGAAGCCAUUACUGAUAAAAUCUUCCACAUCAGCAAGACAAUAGAAGAGUAUGUGAUUUGUCCAGAUCUGCAAGUAGACCUUGGAGUUCUGGGAAAGCAGCAAUUUGAUUUGGAAAACAAGUUCCAACCCUUCACAGUGGAAAUAGUGGAUUCGGUGGAAGCUUAUGCUACAAUGCUGAGGAACAUCUUUGAUUUCAGUGCUCUGAAAGAACUGCUUUCUGGUCCAAAUCGACUGAAGAUCCGUAUCGAUGCCAUGCAUGGAGUUGUGGGACCGUAUGUAAAGAAGAUCCUCUGUGAAGAACUUGGUGCUCCUGCAAACUCAGCAGUUAACUGUGUCCCCCUAGAGGACUUCGGAGGCCACCACCCUGACCCCAACCUCACCUAUGCUGCUGACCUGGUAGAGACUAUGAAGACGGGAGAGCAUGACUUUGGAGCUGCUUUUGAUGGAGAUGGGGAUCGAAACAUGAUUCUGGGCAAGCACGGAUUCUUUGUCAACCCUUCGGACUCUGUGGCUGUCAUCGCUGCCAACAUUCUCAGCAUUCCAUAUUUCCAGCAAACGGGGGUCCGUGGCUUUGCGCGCAGCAUGCCCACCAGCGGAGCCCUGGACCGGGUGGCUAAUGCUACAAAGAUUGCUUUGUAUGAGACCCCAACUGGCUGGAAGUUUUUUGGAAAUUUGAUGGAUGCCAGCAAACUGUCCCUUUGUGGGGAGGAGAGCUUUGGGACCGGUUCUGACCACAUCCGUGAGAAAGAUGGACUCUGGGCGGUCCUUGCUUGGCUCUCCAUUCUCGCUACUCGAAAACAGAGUGUGGAGGAUAUCCUCAAAGAUCACUGGCAAAAGUUUGGCCGGAAUUUUUUCACUAGGUAUGAUUAUGAGGAGGUGGAUGCAGAGGGUGCAAACAAAAUGAUGAAGGACUUGGAGGCCCUGAUAGCUGACCGCUCCUUUGUGGGGAGACAGUUCUCUGUGGGUGACAAAGUUUACACAGUGGAGAAAAUCGAUAACUUUGAAUACAGUGAUCCUGUCGACGGAAGCAUCUCCAGAAAUCAGGGUUUGCGGCUCAUUUUUACAGAUGGUUCUCGAAUCAUCUUUCGACUGAGUGGCACUGGGAGUGCAGGAGCCACCAUCCGACUGUACAUUGACAGCUAUGAGAAGGAUGCUUCCAAGAUCUACCAGGACCCCCAGGUCAUGCUAGCCCCCCUUAUCUCCAUUGCUCUAAAAGUGUCCCAGCUCCAGGAAAGAACGGGCCGCACAGCACCCACCGUGAUCACCUAAGAACUCAGCCAGAUGUGGUACGUCCCUCCAGCCCAGGACCCUCCAGGUCGUCUGAUGGAAGAGCUCAGAGAGAAGCACAGUGUCCUCAGCCUCAGCUGCCGUUAUACGAUUCUGCUUUCCCACUAACCCGUUGUUGAGAAGUGGCACCUUAGCAAGGCACUGCCAGUUGAGAUGCCCCUGGGAGCUCCAAGGCAAAGAAGACUCAGGGGCUUAUGCUAAUGCCGGUUCCCUUUCAUGCCCUUCUGCACGGCUGCAUUGUGGGUAUUUGUCUCCGUAGACCAGGGUCUGUUCACACUACAGUAGAAGAGGGAAGUUAAACAUCUACUUGGAAGGCCAUUUCUUUCAUCCUUCAGCUGUGCCAAUAAAAUAGCAGUGCAGGUUUCUUUCACCUCAGUGAAUCUCUCCCCGACUUAUGUUUACAUGCAACCCAGCCAAAACCAGUUUCUGGUGCCUUCUCUCCACUCAGUUCUUUCGUCAGAGUGAGACGUACUCAGCUGCAUGUGUUCUCCUUGUUUUGCAACAUUGUCCCUUUCAGACAUGUAAUUUUGGGAUAUUAAAGCAAAAUAAGCAACUGUU